AUGCUUCCUCACUACUUCUACCAAAUCACCGUCACAGAUUGGAGCUUGAACAUGGAGCAGCCCAAAGUCGACGAGCAGCGGGAGGAGCUGCGCAAACAUUUCCUGAGGCUUUCGGAUGAGAAGCAGGUAAAUGGGUGGGAUUACAUGUGGCAGAAGGAAGUGACGCCGUGGGAUCGGAAGAGGCCGACUCCUGCGCUGGUUGAUGCUUUGGCGCAGAAGGGCGAGUUCUUCGCUUCGCCGUUGAAGAGUGGUGGGGAUGGUGGGAAAAUGCGGAAGAAGGCGUUCGUGCCGGGCUGUGGGAGAGGGUAUGAUGUAUUGUUGUUCGCGUCAUACGGGUUCGAUGCCUAUGGUCUGGAUGUUUCUGCUACCGCUAUCAAAGCCGCCGAAGAGCUGCUGCGUGAGCAAGACAAGGAGCAGAUCUUUCCCGUCCAGCAUGUCCAGGCUGGCCGCGGCGAGCCCAAAUUUAUCGAGGCCGAUUUCUUCAAAGACGACUUCCUGUCCGAGAUUGGCGUUUCCAAGUCCGAUGGCCCCUUCGACCUCAUCUACGACUACACUUUCCUCUGCGCCCUUCCUCCCUCGAUGCGCCCUCGAUGGGCCGCACGCAUGAGCGAACUGCUGUCGCCAACCGGCACGCUGGUCUGCAUGGAGUUUCCGCUCGGCAAGGACCCGAAUCUCGGCGGUCCACCACAUGGAUUGACGCACGACUUGUACGAACAGCUGUUCGCGAAGCCGGGGAAUGAGGUCCGGUAUAACAUCAGCGGGCACGUGUGUGCGGAUCGCAGUGGCGAGACGACGGAGAGUGCGCUUGUGAGGGUGGAGACGUGGAGUCCGGAGCGGUGUUUUGAGGGGCAGGAGAAGUCGACUACGGUUUCGCUGUGGCGGCAUAAGAAGAACUGA